GAUGCACCUCCAUGCUGUUUGUUGAUGGUGACCUUCUUCAUUCUGAAGUUAUGAAUAUAUUCUCACGCUUAUGAAUACAUUUAUUAGAUAGACACUUCCAACGUUGCAAACAUUAUGUCCAUGGCUUUAAAUACAGUCGGCAAUCCCUGCAAGGGCGUAUGUAGGUGUCUUCAGGCAGUUUUCACCCACAGGUGUUUUCAAGCCACAUCCUCAUUUCACAGCACAGUCUUUCAGUCAAAUUCCAACAGAACCAGCGUGGUCCGUCUUGGCAGGCAGAAAUAUGAGAGAAUGUAUCCAGUUCUGCUGGUCAGACCUGAUGGGUCCACCAUCAACAUCAGAUAUCAGGAGCCCAGAAAAUUAAUGAAGAUGCCUGUGGACAUCACUACACUCUCUGAAAUGGAGAGGAAGAUCAGGAUGCGGAAAAGAGAGCCGAAGAAGGGAGCAAAGAAAGAAUUGGAAGAUUAUGAUGAUGAUUUCAAAGCUGACGAUUACAGCAAAUUCUGGAAGAAGAAAUGAGUGGACUGAUGUGAUUGAUGCCUCCUUUAGAUUAUUUAUGUUGUCUUUACAAAUACACUUUUGUUUUACGUCACCCUCCAAUUAAAACGCCCUGAAAUAUU